GUAAUGAAUGAAAAUACUUCGCGCGUUUGACGUUGGACCUGUCAAACAGUUUAUUGUCAUGUUUCUGCGCAACAUUUGACAUCACGACCUAACAGCCUUUUGAAGACAGCUGAAGCGAAGUUGAAGUAAAGCUGUUCCUCUAAAUGGAAAAUGGCCCCGGGACAGGACACUCAGUUGGAGAAAGUCAUUGAUGAGGUGUUAAAGAGUGGGGCUGUCCAACCACUGGAUGUUUUCUUGCAAAGCAACAUACAUGAAGGGACUGUCAUCAAAUGUUCCCAACAGUUUCUCACCAAAUUGGAUAAACUUGUCAGCAGGAAUUUGGAUAAAAAAGAUGCAAAGUCAGCCAGUUUGGCUUUUGCCAUCCUCUACAAGUGUGGGAAAAACCUGAAACUACCUGGUGGUUCCCAAGGACUGUCAGGAAUAAUAGCUCAAGGCCUGCUCAAAAAGAUGGUGCAGUGGUUUGAGAAAUGCAGGCGACUGUGGAUCGAGUGUGGCCCGCAGUGGGAUGAGACCUUGUUCAACCUCUCUGAGGAUUUCUUUGAUGUCUUAAUGGUGGUUCAUGAAGCCUGCAAAGAGGGAACUUACAAAAUCACAGACUCCUUCCUGUACCCUGUUGGUCAGUUGGCAGUAGACCCCAGUAUCUACAUCCUGAUCCAAAAAGAGGCAAUUCGCAAAUUUAACUUACUUCUGGACAAAAUCCCAGUGGAGCUCAAGAAAGAGAGGAAGAUCCUAUCAUCACAGGAGGCCUCAGAUAUCAUGAUCAAGCUAGCUGGUCUGAUAAUGAAGGGUGGUGAUUACGACUUGCAGACAGCCCUGGUGGAGGCAUUGUGCAGAAUGGCAGCUCCUGACCAGAGGAAGGAGCUGGCCUAUCGGUGGUUCAGCAUGGAGCAUGUGGCCAGCGCCUUUGUCAAGAUCAGUGAUUCUGAGUUUGAGACGGACUGUCGCAAAUUUCUGAACUUGGUGAAUGGGAUGCAGGGAGACAGGAGCAGAGUGUACUCCUAUCCUUGUUUGGAGGCUUAUCUGGACAAGCAUGAGCUGCUGAUGCCUGCUGAUGAGAACCUGGAAGAAUUUUGGAUCGACUUUAACCUUGACAGCCGCAGCAUCUCCUUUUACUUCUCUUUUUCUGAUGAUGAGGCACAGGAGGCCCAGUGGGAAACAGUAUGUUUCAAUGACAAUGAAGUCCAAAGCUACACUGUAACAGAGGAGGGCAAGAGGAAAGUCUUGCAGAUAAAGUUGUCACAGGUUGUGAUUGUGGGUGCGGUGGAAGGAACGAGUGUUACCAUCCACUUCAGCUCCUCCCUGGACAUCCUGCAGGCUGCUCGUAAAGUCUAUGGACACAGCAAAAACAAAGGCUUUGUGGGAAGUAAAAUAGAUCAAAUUAGCAUGACAGCUUCGAAACAUUUGUGUGUGUUUCUCUCCAUGCAGGUUGUUCCAGAGAGUCAGAUGUCCCGCGGUGAAAGUGAGAAAAACACUGCACCUUACCUUCUACCUGCCCCGUCUGCACCUGCACAGAUGGUGACCCCAACCAGGAUGAGGAUUUCAGAGUCCACCACCUUCAUCAGCAGCAGUGGAGGAGGAAGUGUGCAUUGUGCCAGUUCCCUCGCUGCUGUUAUGUCAUCAAACACUUCAGCCAAGGGUAAGGGGAAGCCGUCUCUGGAGAUGGUUCGUUCAAGUGACAGGCAAGGUGAACAUCACUUGGGAGAGCUAAGGACAACUGCAAAGACCUGCAGUAAUGCCACAACACCUCACAGCACAAUAGCAGGUGACAUGACAAAACAGAGUGCUACAUCUCUACAAAGCACAGCUUCCAAACUGUCCAAUAAGAAUAAGGUCGGCAAACACAAAAAGAAUGUACCACUGGCAAAAGCAGCAGAUGUGGUUCCAGCUGGACAGGGAGAGGAACAGUCUCUGGAGUCCAGUUUUGUGCCUGACACCCAACCCAAAACUGGGAGAAACAUAUCUAUGAACUGGAGCAAACUGUCAGUUUCUGAAAUGCUAAUGAUGCCCACACAGAAAAUCAGUUCUCUGCCAAGACCUGAGUCUCAGUCAAGUUUGGCAGGACAACAGGAGAGCCUGUCCUCAGCACAGACAUCGUCAGUUGCAGGCUCGAGCUCAAUCAGCCAAAAGCAACUUCACAUACAGCUCACCCAGCGCCUGCAGCAGGUCCUCAGAGAGAGGAACCAAGAUCCGGCACAUCAGGAGCCAUCUGCACCCCACAGAAACAUGUCUGACAUCAGAGAGGACUCUAAAGGCAGAAGCUCUAUGGAGCAGUGUGCUGCAAAACUGUGUUCUCCCAAAAAGCAGCAGGCCCAGAGGAAUGGCCUGACCAAAGGGAAGAGUAAACGGCAGAUGUCACUGGAGACAGAUGCAGAUGCAGUCAAAGCUCCAGCCAAGGCCUCCACAGCUAAAGCUCCGCAGAAGGGAACACCACAGAAAGGGAAGGCUGACACUAACAGGAACCUUUCAAGCAAAGAGAAGAGAGAUGCAGAGGUUGCAGGCAGCAUGGUGAAGCUCAUCUCUAGCCGCUAUGACAGUAACACCAAAUCCACAGCAAAAGAUACUGCAGACACAAUCCCUCAGAGCUGGAUUCCUCCUCUUGUCAACAGGCCAGUCUUCAAUAUGGGCUGGUUAUCAACCUCUAAAAGAGAAGUAUCUGGAGCUGUAGGCGUCAUGAAAUCUUACAGUAAAACCACAACAAACUCUACGAGGCAGAGAAAAGAUGUUUUUGCAUUUAACUUUGAUGCAUCAUUGAGUGCUGGGGGAAAGAACAAAACCUUCACUAACACUUCUGCCACAUCAAUCAGCGCCAUCCACGACUCCUCAGCACUCAGCACAACCAAGAAAGGACAACCUGUGGCAAAAGAGAAGCGGUAUGUGAAGAGGCAUCUGUUCAGUGACACAGACACAGACUGUGUCACGACAGAUGUCAGCUGGUUGAGGGAAUCAAGCAGGAAACCCAAACCCAAAGUUACCAAAUACUCCAGGCAGGCGCCCGUCAAGUCCAAAGCUGUGUCACCUCAUACUUCAUAUGAGUUUCCAGGUGUACCCCCACCCUCUCAAAAACCUGUAAAGGACAAUACCAAACCCAGUAAGAAGCCUGAUGUGAAGAAGAGAAUGGAGCAGCCGAAUAAGACAGUGAAGCCAGCAGUAGAGCCAAAGAGACCACAUGCAGCAGGCAGGAGGCCCCAGAGAACUGCAGCCACCUUUAUCAAAAGCUACAGGGAGACAGACACUGAUGACAGCCAGUCAGAACCAGAGGAGCCUCCUGUUUCCAAGCACUCCUCCACUCAUCAUCUGGAGAAAGCUGAGAAACCUCACGAGGCUGCUCAAGUGACAAAGAAAAACACUGCCAGCAAACAACCAACCAGAAGUUAUCUGGAGAUAGACAGCAACUGUCAUAGCAGCGGGGCAGAGUUGGAGUCAGAGCAGCCACGUUUCUCCAAGACAUAUUUUGUAGGCCAGCAGGGGAAGAGUGAGAAGACCAGUUUGGAGGUGCCAGAGGUAAAGAAGGGAAAGAACACCUCCUCUGAGCAAUCCACAGAUCUGAGAAAGCCAUCUGGUCUCAAGCAGCAGAGGCCUGAGAAUGUUCUCCCAGAAACUUCCAGAAAGUUGAGUAAGAAACAUGUCGUCCCUGCUCGAGAACAGAUGAAUGGAUUGAAGGAUUCCCGGGCUGCCCGCCAGACCUCUUUCUGUCCGUCCCCUCCUUUGAUCGAGAGGAUGAGAUCUGCCCCGAUGUCACCUCCAACCUUGGGUUUGACCUGCUCCCCUCUCCUCACUCCGCGGGGAUCCCCACUCCCUGCCUCUCCCGACCCUCCCAGCGCAGACACCCCCUCGCCAAUCCCACUGCUAUCCAAACCUCACUCUACAGUCAGCAGUAAAGGAAACUGCAGGCCCUCCUCUUUCUACAGUGCAGACAAGAAGCGCAGCAAAUCCAAGACUCAGUCCGUCCACUCUGGCCCCUCUCUGCCUUCACUGACCCCCAUUGGUCGAACCUCUGCAGCAGGGGCUCCCAUUGGACGUAGUGCAGCAAAGAUAAGUCCAGUCCAGCAGGGUCUACCCUCCACACCUCAAUCUCCUUUGUCUCUGUCCACUCGGCACCUGUUGACAUCCACACUUCUCGAGCUGGACAAGCCUUCCAUGCCCUCUCCUCCUCAGUCUCCUAUCCCUGAAGACACCACCAACUAUGGGAACUGCCAUGACUUUAGUAAGGUGUCUUCAGUGUCCUGGGUUUCACAGAGCCAGUCGUCUUCUAAGUCGUCAGUGCUCAGUAGCAGAGUGAAGGACAGCCACACUGCUGCCCUGGCUGUGCCUCAUAAAACAGAGAAAACACCAUCUUUAGACCAAAACUCGAAGUCUGAUCAGCUUCAUAUCUCAGGACCCAGUCGCAAGCGCCACAUCUCAUCCAGUAAUUCUGAGAAAGAUGAGAAGGAAGAGAGGAAGAAAAGCAAGAUGAGAGGACAGCGUUCUCCUCGGUUGAAACCAAGAAAGUUGUUCAAGUCCUUUGCUGAGGUGUCUGCUGAGGGUGAGCUAAGUCAAGUGAUAUCUUCGUCCCACACGAUGAGCUCCAGUCACUGGGAGGCUGAAGUGGGGGAUGGAGACAUGGACGCGGAUGAAGAUUUUGAGGUGCCAAAAAUUGCCGUAAACCCGAGUAAUCUGUGCCAGCAAUUCAGCUCUGAGCUGAAGAAGAAGUUCCAGAGCCGUCAUAACAUGGUGGAGGUUUACAACAAGCAGUCUUUGAAGACUGUCCAGCAACAUGUCUCCUCCUUCAACGUGCAAGUAACCAAAUACAGGACUCAGAAGCUUGGACAGGUUCAGAAGGUCCUCUUGGAAGAGAUCCGCAAACUGGAGCAGGGCGACACAGUGCUGAAAAACAUGGAGAAAGACCUGAGUAUGUACUGGAAAAAGCAGAUUGUGGCUUUCCAUUCUUACAAGGAACAGGAAACCAUGAGAAAUGAGAGCCUGAAGAAAGCCCUCCAGAGUAACAUGUGUCACAGCUUGGAGCAUGAGGAGAGAUUAUUCACUUCCCAGAUGUGCCUGAUGAGAAAAGACAUGAAGUCAGUUCAGGACAGACUCCUCAGUGAGAUGCAAGAGGGGGAGAUCCAGAGUGUGAAGAGAGGCCUGCACGCCUUGUUUUUCCCCUGAUGGAGCCGGGUUUAGAGUUCAGCAGGUGCUGCCAGAGUUCUCCACACUAUGAUAAAGGUGUUCACCUCACCACAUGAUGCACACUGAGCUGUGGACUUCGGCUGUGCUGGUUUCAUUUCAAAGUGUUGAUUGUUCCAGGAUCUUUUAUUAUAUGUGGGUGUGUUUGGUUUAUUCUCAUGUGUUGUUGCUAUUUAUGUUUUUAAUAGAAAUAUUUACUAUUCUGAUAUUUGUUUG